AUGAUUUUAAGACUUCAGUCUCUUAAUCACUACUCGGAUUUCGAUGGAACGUCUGAAAGUGAGGCUUCCGAGAUCUCAAUUGUUCUGCCCUACCUUCCGCGUCUUCGGGGCAAGAAGCUGUCCAAGGCUGCCGAGGGGCAGGUACGCCUAAAAAGGGGCUCGAGGGCUCUUCGGCGAUAUGAAAAUGAGGCCUACCUGAGUUCGCUUGUCAUGAUUACAGAGGCGGACGCCGAAUACGAAGCCGACGAUUAUUGGCCGGACAAGACCAAUGAUGACACUGCGUUCAAGUGUUUAUUCGAAGAUGAAGAGCAAGUCAUUGGCUAUUAUAAGCUAUUUUUUUUCAUUCGUGCGGUGUGGGAUGCCUUCAUUGCCCUUUCUGAGAGGAAGCAAAUCGAGUUGCUUGGUGCCCUUGACAACCGUCCAGUCUCUGGCGACGACGAUGAUGACCUCAACUACGAGGACGUCGAUAUGGGCGACGAAAUGGCCGCGGUACGCCCACCGAGAAAUUACAACAACUGCGCCAGUGGCCGCAGUCGCCAUGGCAAUAGGCGACGUUGCCGCCGCAAACCCGCCGUCCGCCUGGAAGGCAUCAAAGAAGACCCCUCGGAGGAGGCCAUGGAUGCCUUCGGAGGUAUUGUCACUGUCUUGGUCAUUGGAUUCUUUCGUAGAAUCCCCGAGGUUGCUCGUUUGAUGACAGGCAUUCGUAGAUCCCACCUCCCUCCUGUUCAGCAGGUGUUGCCGGUCUUUCAAAUGAGUAAUGAACAAGUGUCACGGCUUCCUAGUGCAUCCAUGGGGUUGUCAGUCGCAAAUGUGAACAACUCGGAUUGGAGUUUUUUUAAUGGGCAACUGAUUUUAAGUGAUAUGUAUCGUCAUGGAAUUUGUCUCAGCUCUCUUCGUCCAUUACAAGGCUAA